GCCCCUUAACAGUUUUCAGGAACAGUCAACCUCGCAACGCGGAGCCUGACAGCCGAAAUGCUGGCGAGCUGGUGACCAAACUGUCAACAGUCAGUCAUCAGACAGACAGUCAGACAUGGAGUGACUUUUAAACGCGGAGUUAUACGAUGGUAUAAUUGGUUUUGUGUUUCAAGUGCUUUUUGACGAGUGCAAGGAUGGAGCUACCGGUGCUAGACAAGUUCUGCUUCAUCUUCCACCUGAGGACAGGAUGCAUUACCAUGGGCAUCAUGAACUCUAUCAUCACUUUCGUGCUAGCCGUCAUCCUCAUCACCUUCGCUGUAGACAUCAAGGCCGCUGACUCCAAGUCUGAAGACGCCGUGUCGUCUGUCGUGUACACUAUAGUCGUACUUAUGGUAGUGCUACUCCUGGUCAAGUUUGUUCUUGACAUGGUGUUCGUGUACGCUGUUUAUAAGGAGAAGAGUAGCCUAAUGAAGAAGUACUGCAUCUUCUGGGUCGUGUUUCUGGUGCUGUUCAUCAUCGGUUUCCUCAAGAGCCUGUUCCACAUGGGAGCGGGACAUGUCAUCGCGCAGAUACUCUUCUUAGCCGAAAACUUCUACUACAUCGUCGUAAUUCGAAGCUACUUGAUUUCGAUCCACGAAGACGGCAUGCUGUAAGUAUAGCGAUCUCGUUCACACACCUUACAACAACGAUGAAGAAACGAGAUGGCAACAUGGACCAGUACUACUAUGAGUGUUUAAUGUUUUAAAAUACAUAGCUCUAUAGCGUAAACGUCACGGGAAAAUGUUUUUUUUUUAUACCACGUCGUCGGUGGCAAACAGCCAUACGGUCCACCUGAUGGAAAGCGGUCACCGUAACCGUAACAUGCGCGUUGCUGAUCCAUUAGAAACUUGUACACACCAAUAUUUGCUUCUAGUAAGUAAUUGUUUGGCGCUGUGCACUUUUUCCAUAAUAUAUCAUUUUUUUUUUGACGUUAUCGCUAUAGAAUAAUGUUAUUAAACUCACGGUAGCCACACAGGAGCUUGUUGAAACUGCGAGUGAAAAAAAUGUACUAAAUAUAAGCCACUUUUGUCAUGCGUUAGCUCUGUCUCUCUCGGACCAUAGUUAUUAGAAUGAGAUAGAUGACAAGUAAGGCUAUAAGUAUGCUGAAGACGAGUUUUUGACUUCCAUUUAAUAUUGAAUCAGG